AUGCGUGCUUCCACUAUUGCACCCGCUAUGCUCGCCACCACGGUCCUGACAGUGGCUAACGACACUAGCUGCGAUGUUGAGCCACAUCCACCCAGUUUAGCGUAUCUCCUCACAGUCUUCGCUACAGAGACACCACCAAUAAUUAUUGGCAACUCUGGAUAUGGAAACCGGAUUUUUAUUCCAAUCACAGGCGGGUCGUUUUCAGGGCCCAAGCUAGAAGGCAGGGUCAUUGGUGCCGGAGGAGACUGGGGCAACUACGAUACUACCGGUACCGUUUUCUCUCCCGAUGCGAAAAUCGUCUUGGAGACCAACGAUGGCGCCAAUAUCCUCAUUUCCGGCCGCGGAAGGUCACCGUACAUCACAUUUGACUUUGAGACGGGCAGCAAGGAAUAUGGCUGGUUGAACGCAGUUGUUGGCGUUGGAUCAAUUCAAGUCGGGGACAACAAUAUUACGGCUCAACUGUUCCAGGAGGCUGCCGUGUAUCCCUCUUGUAUCGUCUCGCCCACCUCAUCCAUAGAUGUGUCAGGAGCUGUUACAACUUUGACAGAGUUGAACUGCAGCUUCGCCAUUCGAUCUGGCGGUCAUUCCACUUGGGCCGGCAAUGCCAACAUUGCCAAUGGUGUCACGAUAGACAUGCAAGCCUUAGAUGCCAUCAGCGUCAGCGACGACAGGUCAGUUGUCUCCGUCAGCCCAGGUGCCAGAUGGGGCGAGGUUUACAAGGCACUUGCCCCUCACAACCUGAUCGUCGCAGGCGGUCGGGUUGGUACUGUGGGGGUCGGAGGGCUCACGCUCGGGGGUGGUAUCUCGUCCUUCGGGCCCCGAUACGGCUGGACCUGCGACUCGGUGGUCAACUUGGAGCUCGUUCUCGCCAACGGUGCGGUGAUCAAUGCCAACGAGACGCACCACAAAGACCUGCUACACGCCUUCCGCGGCGGCUCCAACAACUUCGGCGUUGUCACCCGCAUAGAUUUCCGGGCCCACGAGCAAGGCGACAUCUGGGGCGGCGUGGUCAACUACAACUUCGAUACAGUGCCCCAACAGCUGGCCGCGUCCUCGGGCCUGGCCUCCGCAGACCCGUACGACGAGUACGCGAACUUGGUCCAGGGCUUUCUCUAUGUCACGGGCGCGGGCCGCAGUGUCGUUAACACUCUGCAUUAUACCAAGGCUUUCGAGUAUCCGGAUUUUUUUAAGCCCUUUACAGACAUCCCUAGAGUGAGCGACACGCUGCGCACAGCGAGCUUUUCCAACUUUGCAGAUGAGGGCACAGCCAACAAUCCGAAUGGGUAUCGAUCGCUUCUUGCCACAACUUCGAUCGGCUCCAGCCUAGAGAUGCUGAGCGCAGCAUUCGCGGCAUGGAACCACAGUGUUGCAUCCUUUGAUGGAGUAGUUGGCCUCGCCAGCGAGCUCUUGAUCGAGCCCAUUCCAAAAAUUGCAUACCAAGCCGCAGCGCCGAGAACAAACGUCCUCGGCCUCGAUGACGAACAAGGAGGCUUGGUGGUCUUGGGUUUGGCCGUGGGGUGGUUGAAUGAGGACGACGAUACCCUUGUGACUGAAGUCGCACAAGAGAUCAUUGCCGAAAUCGACGCGCAGGCAAAGGAGCUCGGCGAGCACUUUGAAUUCAAAUAUUUGAACUACGCCAUGGAUUGGCAGGAUGUUAUUGCAAGCUACGGCGCCGAAAAUGUGGCUAAACUGGAGAAAGUCAGCCGGACUUAUGAUCCAAAGGGAGUAUUUCAAAAAAACGUCCCAGGUGGGUUCAAGCUUUUCUAG